UUGUUACCUUGCCAUUGGCUGUUUUAAAGUCUGAGAUGGUUGAAUUCACCCCUAAACUUCCCAUAGAGAAAACAAAUGCAAUAGCCAACCUUGGAGCAGGUCUCAUAGAAAAGGUUGCUUUAAAAUUUUCACGGAAUUUCUGGAGUAAGAAAACUGGUGGUUCAGAUUUCUUUGGGCGUGUUCCGUCAUCUAUUAGUAACAGAGGAAGUUGUGGGAUUUUUUAUGACUUAAGUAGAAAAUCGACCCCUAAGAAGAGUCAUGUUCUUAUGACAGUACUAACAGGAGAGCUGGCACUCCAAGCAUCAAGUAUGAAUGAUGGACAAAUAGUUCAGCAUGUGUUAGAUUUACUAAAAGGACUGUUUCCUGGUGAGACAAUCCCAAAGCCAGAUAAAUACAUAGUAAGUCAUUGGGGGCAGGAUCCCUAUUCUGGUAUGGCCUAUUCAUUUGUUCCUCUUGGUUCCACUGGACAAGAUUAUGAUGAGAUUGCUAAAUCCCUAGAAGACAAGUUAUUCUUUGCAGGAGAGGCUACAAAUCGACAAUUUCCACAGACUGUAACUGGAGCAUAUAUCAGUGGGAUUAGAGAAGCAGAAAAAAUACUCAUGAGAAAGUUUGAAGAAGAAGAAGGUUUUCUAUAGUAUUUUUUUAUGAAAUCCGUCGGUGGCUUAUUCUCAUCUGCAGCCAGAACUUAACCGCCGCGUACCUUCCUUCUCGGGCUCUAUUUUGAUUUCCCAUUCUAGAGGCCCGUUUACACGAUUUUUGCAGCGCGAUAAUCGCAAAUUUGCUAUCGCGCAACUAAAACCUCUACGAUUGUUGCGGCGAUGGAAAAUCGACGCCAAGUUGCUGCCAAUUUGCAAGCAUGUUCGUAACUCAGGCAAUGUUCGCGAGACGAUCGCCGCGAGAAUCUCUCUGCAAAAAUCGCAAGUGUAAACGGACCUCAGGGAAUACAACUAUGGAGAAAUUCGUCAAGGACGCGGCUUUUUUUCCUUAGAUGGCAUAGUUCUUAAUCUUGAAUUUCCUUGCGACGUAAUAAUUUCCGUUAAGAUAAUCAAAUAGUAUAAAGGGUCAUUUCUGCUUCAAGAUAUGAAUGUAAGGACCGCAUGGCACUAUGAGAUACAUGAUAUAGAGAUAAAGGAAUAUUACAGUGCUGGGAAGGAGGUUAUUCCAGGAGAAAGACCCUUGGAAAUAAAUCCGGAAAAAUUAAUUUCUGACCUCGCUGGGAUUCGAACCCAGGGUCCGAGGGUUGUGGAUUCGAAUCCAAGCGAGGUCGGAAAUUUGUUUUUCUGAUUUUAUUUUUAAGGCUCUUUCGCCCGGAAUAACCUCCUUCCUAGCACUAGAACUUUCCUUUAUUCUAUAGCAUUUCUGUGUCUACCACUACUUGAUACUAUAGUCGAAAUUAGUUCGGCUACGAAUUCUCAGGUUAUUAUUAUGUCGAAUCUCGCUGAUAUUUCAAAUAUUUAUAUGAAUAUGUAUCAUUUUUUAGAGAUAUCAUAAUUUUUGAUCGUACCUUCAAGAUUUGUUACAUUGUAUAAUUUUCUCGGAAACUCGUCUCGUAACGUCGUUAUAGGACAAAAAUUACAGAAGAAUUACACAAUGUGCAAGGGGUUGUCUCACAACUUUGGUUUUGUUGCGUGUAGCGUAACUCGUGUAUACUUUUCUUUAUGCAUUGCCUCGACUUGCAACGCCAUUGCGCAGUGUAUCUCAAGGCACUGUCACACAUGCCGUGAGAGCAUGUGCAAUUCUUAUUUCUAAUGUCCGCCAUCUUGAAUUUGAUUUCCCAGCUUUCCUCGGCUAAAGAGAUAGUGGAGGUUGGUGGGCAAACAGGGCUGUUAUUUUCUCGGCAACUUAUAUCACAACGGCGCUGCAAGACAAGCUGCUUUGAAAACUGCCCAGUGUAACAGCACCAUAGUAUCGUGUGUUAUCAGUAAUCGUGUUAUACUUAAGGAAUAUAAAACGACGCGUGUGUCUCUGUUCUCAGAUAUAUACCCAGACACGAUGGGAGUUGAAAAACACGAGAGAAGCUUCGAGUGCCACCGUGUUUAUAUCAGAGGACAGAGACA